CAAUCAUCAUCAUUAUCAUCUCUCUCUCUCUCUACUUUCUCUCUCUAGAAAAGCUUCUUCAAUCUGCAUUAUAAGGAUCUUCCGACUUCCGCUUUGUGUUUUAUGGAUAGAAUCAAACAGUUCUCAAGUUUUGAAGAAUCUCAUUUUGUUCAAAACCUGGUUCACUUGAGUGGAAACAAGCUUCAUGGGUGAUGGUCCUAGAGGAAUACAAGUUUUCCCAGAUCAUUUCCAGUCUUCGACUUCUGUUGUAGAGACCCCUCAAACAAGAAGUUCGUCAAUUUCGCGUGCAAAAAUCGAAUUUGAGCUUAGCUCUAGCAACCAUCUGUGGGCUAGAAGAAGAUUUAGAAGUGCUGCAUCAAUGUUGAGCUUAUUUAAUCUACGGAGGCUAUCUUGGGGAGCAGACCCAGAUGUGCAAAAAAAGCUUGUAUUAUCUGCUGCAGAAGCAGAAUCACUUCGAUCAGAACUUGCUGAUUUAGAGGAAAGAGAAGCUCAUCUGAAAGCUCGGUUGGAACACAUCGACGAAAUUCUUCGUUCUGCCCGUCUUUCUGGCUAUUUACUGAUGCGAACUAGAUGGACAGCACUACCUGGAGAGCCAGCUCCUCUUGACGAUACAGAAGUUGAUGACUGGCUUCCAUGCUUUGUUGUUCUUCAAGGACCAUGCAUCUUCUUGUAUUUUAUGUCCACAGACAUAAGUCCUCAAGACUCCACCCUUUUGUCCGAUGUUGUGGAAGUAGGGCGUAUGCCAUGUCUUACUCAAGAAGAAGGGCAAACUCGAUAUUCCUUUUACAUAGUAACUCGCCAUGGAUUGAGAUACGAAUGCUCAAGUGCUUCAAAAUUGCAGGUGGAUGCUUGGUUGAUGACAUUGCAAGAGGAGUGUAAAACGGGACCAGAUUCCAGAUCUGCUUCACGAGCUGCUACGUCUCUUCUCUCUUCUACCUCCAAGCACAAGCAUCAUGUGGUUUCCGGACGAACAGUAGCUUCUGCAGCAACAGUUUCCUUCAAAGGAACGCUGCCGGCUCUAGCUUCCAUCAAGAGAGAUAACACCGGCAACACAUGGAUUGCUGGAGCUCUUGCGCUACCUGCUGCAGCAUAUAUGCUUCAGGACCAAGAAGCAAAUGCAAUACAGAUGGAGCGCACGUUCAUUGCUAUCAAACCUGAUGGUGUGCAAAGAGGACUGAUUUCGGAGAUUAUAGCCCGGUUUGAAUGUAAAGGGUUCAAACUUGUAGCUAUUAAACUUGUGGUACCUUCAAAGUCCUUUGCCCAGAAGCAUUAUCAUGAUCUCAAGGAAAGGCCAUUUUUCAAUGGCUUGUGCAACUUCCUCAGCUCUGGCCCUGUUCUUGCGAUGGUUUGGGAAGGAGAAGGUGUAAUUAGAUAUGGCCGUAAACUUAUUGGAGCCACAGAUCCAUCGAAAUCAGAACCUGGAACCAUCAGAGGAGAUUUGGCCAUUGUUGUUGGAAGGAACAUCAUCCAUGGAAGCGAUGGUCCAGAAACCGCCAAGGAUGAAAUCAGCCUUUGGUUCAAACCAGAGGAGUUAAGUAACUACACCAGCAACCAAGAAAAAUGGGUCUAUGGAGUCAACUGAUCCACACAAUGGACAACUCAAAUAAACACUUCAAUUCUA